UAGCUUUCCACAAAGAAGUUCAUACAUACACAACCAAAUAUUUCUUAUUUCCCUUCCUUCACUUCAUACAAAUAUUUUAAAGCUAUGGCGAUCGUCAUUAAGUACCAAAAUAUACUAAGCAUACUCGUGUUACUCAACCUAGCCGUUUUAAUGUGUGCGAGACCAUUAAGUAUUUUAGAUACAGUUAGUUGUCCAGACAGUGAUCAAAAUGAUUUAUUUGAUCGUUUCUCGUUAGGUUCCAUUAAAGAUGGACCAAGCCCUGGCAUAGGACAUGACGUUGAAGACAAGGCCACACUUGGAGGAAUCAAGGCCGGACCUAGUCCUGGAAUCGGGCACGGGAAUGCAUUGGGAGGAAUCAAAGAUGCACCUAGACAUGAAGAUGGGCAUGAGUUCACGAGUGCUCAGACUUUGGGUGGAAUCAAAGAUGGGCCAAGUCCAGGAAUUGGACAUAAGUUUGAAAACGUUGAGUCGCUUGAAGAACAUAAGAACUCUGGCCCGAGCCCCGGUGCGGGUCACUAGUCAUCGAAGUUGAUCAUCAUAAUAUUUUCAUGUUUUUCUCUUACAAAACAUACAUCGAUCGAGUUUUUUUUAUUUAGACAUUCGUUGCUGGUGUUAAGCCACGGUUUACAUACUGAUUCAAAAAGUUUGGAUCAGUUGAGUCUAAGUUAUUUAUUUACAAUCAAUUUAUUGUAACAUAAUUAGAAAUAGAGGUUUAUUGAUAAUAAGAGAAAUUAUCUUUUUGUUA